UUCGAAAAUUUAGACAAAAUUUUUUCUCAUUCUAAAAGAAAAAGUUCACACAUCGUCGACUAACAUUUCUCUUCUUUUCAGAAUAAAACUUUCUGGAUCUUAGCUGGGCGAUAUAGGUAACCAAUCUACCAUGGUCAAUUACUGAUAGAUUUUGAUGUUUCGUGUUGAUUGAUCGCUUGCUUAAGCUAAUACUCAAGUAACCGUUCUAUUGACAAACAAUCGUAAAUUUCUUCUCACCUCUUGGUUCAAAAAGAGCAAAAAAUUGAUCAUGCUCAAGUGAAACAUUGACAAAAUAUUUGUUCGGAAAAAGUGACUAAAGUAGUCACAAAAACUCGCAAUUGAUGAAAGAGCUAAAGAAUUUGUUGAACGAACAUACAAAUGAAUUCAUAAUAUGAAUCACACGUCUUAAAAAGUGAUCAAUCUGGACUUGAAUUAGAAAUAUAUUCAAGUAGCACGUUGUCAAAUAAAAGGAAAAACAACUACUGUAUCUGUAAAAUCUGUUCGUGCAACAACACAUGUCCACACAGUACCACCAAUGAUAAACAUGGAUGGUCAUCUUGUUAGACCUGUGUAUUUAUGUUUAAAAGCACCAAUUGGUUGUAUUGGUGAGCAUGCCUUAAAUCUCCAAUGUCAAGAAAAACGUUUUGAAGAAACUGAUCAGCUUGUUAAUGACAGGGAAAUUGAUUAUGAUAUGUUAUCGAAAAUCUGUGUAACAAUUGAAUUUUGUUUGAAAACGACACUAACCCACUAA